AUGGCUACCACUUUUUCUCUCGAGGAAAAGCGUUUCGUCCUCGCGGAGAUGAUCAAAUGCAGCACUGUUGAUAUCGAGAGGCUGGCGCGAUUCGUCGAGUCGAACGUCCUCGACCCCAAAUGGAUCACCAUGCAGAUACCCUCAGGCCGCAAUCUUCAGCAGUGCAUGCAAGUCGUGGACUCCCUCUCGACGACCUCCGGAUACCGAUCCGCACUGUCUCAAAGUGAUCACUUGACCAGCAACGGCAUGAACCACACCAGACAGAUGGCGCCGAGAAUGAGCCCCGGCGGCCAAACCUCUGGGGCCUUGCCAACGUCGCCGGGCCUCAUGUCGCCUUGGCAGCAUCCAGAUGGCGCCGAAGACAGACGAGUGCUUCCCCUCGAGGCUCCGGGUGACCAGGCUCCAAAGAAGAGGGGACGUCCUCCACGGGUGGACCGAAAGACGGCCGCACCUCCACGGCUGGCCAAUAUCGCCCCCAAGCCGCCUCCGCUCUCUCCAGGCCCCAAUACUCCUCGCACGAUUCUGCCGGCGACUCCCAGGCAAGCUGAAAGUCAGAACCCUCAGCCGCAGCCUCCAGUCCGUGCGCCGCCGUCUCUUGAUUCGCCACCGGCCAGGAAGAAGAGACGAACUGCCACCAGUGCAGCUUCGGUUUCUACGUCGCCUCCUCUGCCUCCGGCUUCUGCUCCCGCUCCAGCUCCCGCUCCCGCUCCCGCUCGAGCUCCUACUCCUUAUCUGCCGCUCGUCACCACGCCUCCACCAUCUGUGGACUAUGGCAAUCGGCCGCGAGCACCUCCCGAGGCAGAUCCCAAAAUCGUCGUACGCGAGACUGAACAGAUACAGCCGCCUCGUCCCAUGCCGCUCGAGCCGGAGCCGCGGCAUCACACUCUCAUGCCGGUUGGGUCUGCGGCGCCACCAUCUCAAAUCAAAGCCUAA